AUGACUGAUCCAACUAAAAUAGUGAAAACCAAGUUAUUUAUUGGCAAUCUCGAUCCAGGAACACAACCAGACGAACUAACCGAGUUAUGUUCACCGUAUGGUACUGUGCUCGAAGCGUCGGUGAUAAAAGAUUACGGCUUUGUGCACUAUGGUUCUAUGGAAGAAGCUGGAAAAGCAGCAUAUGCUUUAAAUAACCGAGAUUUUCAUGGAAAACGAUUGCGUGUUGAACUUUCAACGAGUACAGUGCGACAUAAGCCUGGACAACCAGAACCUGCAAGUGCUUUAAAACAUUCGCGCGGUCGUUCCGGACAGAAAGGCAACAGCAACGGUGCAUCUCGAUACAGUUCAGGUGCACCGAGCGGUGGCGGCGGUCCGAUGCGGCAUGGCUCUUUAUCUUGGGCUAGGAAUGAUGCUCGUCCAUACAGCGGUUAUCCAGCUAAUCAUGGUGCCUACGAUCGACUUCGUCCAUAUGAUAUGCGACCAGAUUCACGUCAUUAUUAUGAUGAUCGACGCGAGAGUAGUUAUGAUCCACCGGCUUACUUCGGUGGCAGUAAUAGUGAUUUGAAUGAAGGACGUCAUUAUCGUGAUCUACCACAUCCAGAUGACUACGGCUCAAGCCGAUCAUACGAUCGUCAUCCUGCCCCACCACCUAUCGAUCCUUAUUAUAGUGGUGGAUUACCUCAUGGUCCUCCGCCACCCAUGGAUCAUUAUCAAAACUAUGACCCGUACCAAAAAUACUACGCGAGUCGACCUCGGGAUCCCGAAUAUCCAGGUCAACGUGAUUAUGAUCCGUAUCCAAACUAUCGCAAUGGUCCCGGACAACUUCGACAUGAUUUACCUGUCAAUCUACCGCCACCCCCACCUCUUCACUCGACCUACUCGAGUUCUCAUCGACAACAUCAUUCAUAUGGAAAUGCUUCGUCGAAUCUUGAUCAUUAUUAUGGUGCCCGUCAGCGCUAA